AGUAUGACUAACUAACUGAUCAAGGGCAAAAUAUAGAAAUUUGUGUAUUUCCAAAUUAUGCGUUUUAGUUUAAUACAAAAUGGGCCAGCUUGAUUUUCAACAUAAGUUGGAUGAGUUCCAAAAGACACUCGACGUUCCCAAAUGGUAUUUGGGUUUAUCGGAUUACCAAGAAAGGGCUAUCAAGGAGUUGGCCGAUGAUCUGCGCGAUGACUUCGAACAGGGCACAAGUUUUCGGGUUGAGAAGAGUUUGUGUCGUCUGGGCUUAAGUCCAUUAAUAAGCAAGAAGAAGAUUAGAACAAUGGUGCAAUUAAGUCGUGGCAACGAUCUGGCCUUUCUCUUCUUCAUACUCGAAGGUUAUUAUAUCAGUGAGAGGAAGGAUGGCGAAUAUACCACCAAUGAAAAGUUGCUAAUGAUAGCUAUGGCCAAAAUAGACUUGCUGCCAACUCUUCGUGAAUUGGAUCGUAUAUUGCCACCGCCUCAACUAAGUGCAUUGGACAUGAAGCGUCAGCAGCGUUCCGAGCUGCAUCAGCAGAAGACAUCAAAGCCACAAGUGUUGCCAUCGAAGAGCUCUAAGAAAUCCGAGAGGCUUCCAUACUUUCAACGGCAGCCGCGUCCCAAGGAAAUUGUGGUUAAGUACACGAGUAAACCGCCAAAUCACAUUGCCAGCUUUCCAUUCUGGACAUUGGAUCAGCCACCUCAAUACGGCAGUCCAACUGAACCGCCGUGGUUCAGUGAAUACAACUUGAAUCCCGUUGGCCGUCUGGUCAAGAGUACUGUGGGUGAAGCAGUCGACAAGUAUUUCAAUCAUCUGAAUCAGAUGAAGAUUCUGGAGAGCAGGGCAAGGGUGAGCCGUAGAGCUGCCGUGGCUUUGGAGAAGGCCAGACAAUCUUUUUCAGAUGAGCCCCUGAUGUGCGCCUAUCAUCAGUUCGUGGUGGGAGAGACGGAUCUGGUCAAGGACGAGCUGAUUGUGUUGGCUCGAGAUCGGGUAAUGGAGCUGCUGGAUGUCACUAUGCCCUAUCGUAAGCUGCGUCAACGACGAAUCCUCGCUCAACUGAAGCAUGAUAUUGAUGUCUGUAUGAAGCGUUAUGCUUUGAAGAUGGAACACACAACGGUGCAUACGAUCGCCAAGUCCGAUUGUGUGCUCUGCCAGGAGAAGAGUGUGUCUCUGCCCGUGCCCAAGCCUCAGGACCCUGUGGGUCGAGCAUUAGUCUCCGACUGUCUUAAUCUGGCCAACACAGAUGCCGUUAACAAAUGCACGGGAGUUCGACUUUCUGGCGGAGGAUUGCGCCGUGAGCCCGUCAACUUUGACGGGGAUUUGGUGCCAUGUCAAAAAACGCCAGAAAUAAACAUGCUAAUCCCAGAUCCCAAGGAUCCCCAGUGUCAAUCUGGAAAAAAGAAUCAGCAGCGUAUAUCAUUCUUGUUAGAUGAUCGCAAAAUGAAGCAGCUUAGAAAGAAUCGAAAGGAUACACAAGUCGAAGUGCGUUAUCAGGGCAAACAGACCAAGAAGACGUUCUUCAAAGCGCCCUCGGAUCACAAGCCCUAUAUAUUCAAGUACAAGCGCAUCUUUCAGUCGGGCCAAGAAAAGCCCUAUGAUGUCAACAAGGUGAUCGCGAAGGCCUUUGUGAAAGCCUUGAAUGAAAACGGUGAUCCCGAUCCGCCAUGUCAAAAGAAAUCUCAGGAAACAUCCGAAGAUGAUGUCGACAAGAUUGCAAUGGAGGUCAGUGGCUGUCGACUAACCGGCAGUUGCUCAUCCACCGGCGACACGAGUGAUCACAGCACCCACAGUCACGAGGAUCGAAAGGCGGAUAUUGUCAACGCUGUGGUGCGAUGUGCCAAGGAGAUCUGGAUGAAGGGAGUCAAUGUCAAACGAGCUGAAGUUGAACGCGCCGAAGCUGCGAAAGCUCAGAGGGCAUCUGUAACAUCCGAGCUUAAAUACGAAGCCAAAAAGUUUGAUCCCGAUGAUUCCGAACUGAUGAACCGAAUGCUUCAGGAUGGCAUGAAGGAGCUGCGAAAGAAUCAAAGAUAUGUGCUCGCCUCACUGCCCAAUGCCCACAAACUGCCCGUGCUCCAGGAGUGGAUAAAGCGACGUUAUGGCAAGCAAUAUACCGAAGCGGAGGUCCAGAAGAGUAUCCAAGAGUCGGUGAAGAUCUUCGAAAUGAUUACCUUGUUGCAGGGACGUCCACCAGCUGCCGACUUGAUGGGCAUGGACCAACUGCCACUGGAGAAAGAGAACUACAACUAUGCGAAAGCGGCUAAAACUCUGGGCGACAAGGUGAGAUCGGCGUACUAUCAAAAACUAAACGACAUCUACAUGAAUCACACAAGAGCUUGUUGGUAUGCCAUGGGCAACUAUCAAUGUCCCGGGGGACCACCAAGAAAAGUCUUCUACGCCUAUAUGUCCGCCAACACCCGGGACAUAAUGCGGAAUCGUGUGUGGAACGGCGAGUUCCGGAACAUUCGACAGUUCCGCGACAACUACAAGGAACAGCACAAAGGCAAAUAAAAUUCAAUAUAUGUUUCUUCGCUUUAUUUUUGUUUUGUCUGGAAUUGUAAAAGU